GGUAAAUUUAAAAAGUAUUGUUUAACAUAUCUAAAAAACAAAUAUACUAUUUACUUUUGAAAUAUUGGUAUUUAGUCAGGACUAGGAAGGGUAAAGUAAAUUCUAUCAUGAGGUUACUCUUACAUCACAUUGAUCUCACUCAUUCUUCAACAUGUGACAACUCUUUUGUUGCUCUCUCACUCUGACAACAAAGAAAAGAGUGCUCACUUCUCAGUAUUCUCUCACACACUAAAAGAGAAUCAUAAGAACCUUUAACAGUGCUUUUAUGUGGCACCACUUUGAGCUCUUGAAAUGCUCUUCUUUUUCUUUCUUAAACCUCCACUACGAUUAAUUAGAGAUUGACUUGACCAAAGUUCAUAUUUUCAGCAAAAGAAAAUGGAAGAUUUAAUGAGAAUCCAGCAAAAAAAGUUCAUUUCUUUCCUCUUUCAAACAUGUCUUGUCUUGCUCUUAUUUCCCAUUGUUAAUUCUUCCCAAGAACAUCACAAAAUUAAAGACAACCACAUUAAGAUGAGUCCAAGACUUCAAUUUGAAAUUACAAUACAUGGAUUUCUUCUUUGGGCUUCAAUGGGAUUUUUGAUGCCUGUUGGUAUACUUGCAAUUAGACUAUCAAACAGAGAAGAAAAUCCAAGGUGGCUUAGAAUUUUAUUCUAUCUUCAUACAAUUUUGCAGAUGGUUGCUGUACUUGUUGCAACAGCAGGAGCAAUCAUGUCUAUAAAAAAUUUCAACAACCUCUUCAACAACAAUCAUCAAAGAUUAGGUGUUGCACUUUAUGGUAUUAUAUGGCUUCAAGUCCUACUUGGUAUCUUUAGACCACAAAGGGGAUCCAAAAGAAGAAGUGUGUGGUUUUUUGCACACUGGAUACUUGGAACUGCAGUCACAUUCUUGGGUGUUCUGAAUGUAUAUGUUGGUUUAGCAGCUUACCAUGAAAAAACAUCAAAAGGCAUAACAAUUUGGAAUUUACUCUUCACUAUUCAGAUAUCAUUGAUUGUAUUUUUCUAUCUUUUUCAAGAAAAAUGGUUCUACAUACAAAAACAAAGAGUGGUUUUGAAAAAUGAAGAAAAUGUUUCAAAGGAGAUGGUAUUGUAGGUUGGAACUUGUUAAGGAACAUGAAAAAUAUGCUUUCCUAUAGUCGAUCCGAAUUUCUACAUGAUAUAGAGAAGUGUUUUGAAACAUAAUACAAAGUACUAGUGGAUGUGAAGUUUGCAUUCAAGUGAAAUAUUUGGUGACUUGAAUGUCUUUUUUCUUAUGCAGAUGCAAAUUCAAGACGAAGAUUUUUUGAUUGUCAUGAUUUUGUGAAAUUGAAAGAUUCAAUUACACAAAAAAAAUUAUUGUGAAAUCUGAUAAUAUCAACCAAAUUAAAAAUAUUGGUGUGAGACAACAAAAUGGUACUCUCUCCGUACUUUUUUAAGUGUCGUUUUGCAUAAAGCUCUUCAACCAAAAUAAUGGAUUGUUAGAGUUAUUUUCCUAUUCUACCCUUAUUUAUUUUCUCUUUUCAAAUAAAUUCAAUCAUAUUCUCUCUAUUUUUUUAAUAACUAAUUGAAAAAAUAAAUAAUUUUAUGGAAAAUAUAAAGUGGAGUUAUUGAGAAUGUAAGGAUGUAAUUGACAAGUUAUAAUAUUAAACUGUAAAACGACACUUAAAUAGAAAAAAACCCUUCUAAAACGACACUUAAAAAUGAACGAAGGGAGUAACAACUAACAUAAAUUACUUGAAAAAAUGAGUUAUUCUGUCAACACAAUGUAGGUAAAUCCACAUAAGCAAGAAAGAAGAAAAAAAUAAAGUGACGAGUACACAAUUUUUUUUAUCCAAUUUGAUCAAAUCAACAUACUCUUUGGGAGAGAACAUUUUUCCAAUUUAUUAUACAUUUCAAAAAAAUGUUGCUUUUGCGAUGGAUUUUUGCUAAGGGUAAAACCUCUGACUAAGAAAAUGAUGUAGCAAGGGGUUAAACCCCUGACAAUGCAAAAAAAAAAAACUAUUUCCCUAGGAGUAACACCUCGCAAAAAUUAGAAUUUUAAUUGUGUU